AUGGCCCAGAAUGACCUUGAUGAGAGACUUGUCUACCUGACCUGCCGGCAUAUCUUUCAGGGCUCUAACUCGUCAGUUCGAAAGCGAAAGCAGGUGAUGAACUUGAUUCACCGCAAUCAACCUGGCCUUACAGAUAUUCUGCGGGAAUAUAAUAUCGACCGCACGUGUAACGUUGUCCAGAGGCUCCUUAGAGACCAGGUUUUUCAGUCUUCCGUAAGAGCGAAGAUUCGAUUUCCAGAGUUGUUUGACGUGUCUCCUGCCCAGAGCGCCGACCGAGAAGCUUCAGAAGCGGAGGCAGCACGAGACGAAGCAAACGCAGUAAAAGAGAUCUCAGAGAGGGAAAUCCCAAAAGAUUACAGGCCGAAUUCUCAAGCGCAGCUGGCCGCGGAGGUAACCAAGGAAUCCGACGGUUGGGACUGCCCCGAGGCUGCCGAACUCACUGAGUGGGUUAAACUGUUACGUCAGCAUGCCGGUGAGCAGAUCAAGACGCCGAACGAAGGAUUCGAACUCCUCUGUGAACUAAGACACUCCGCUGUCCACCAACUUCGAAAGACGGCUCGGGGGGUCCAGCGCCUGGCCGAAAACGCACAAUCCUUUCUUGAAGCGUUGAACGACACUCCCCGUUCAGAGAUGGUCUCCCAUAUUCGCAGGGAGUUGAAUUUGGUAAUUGAAGAAUUGAGGCACAAUAAAGACCUCCUUGAGGGAAGUUAUCUAGCAGAGCUGCAGGAAAUCCAGGCCAAAUGUGCAGCAUUGGAGAAAAGGGAGCAAGAUGCAAAGAAGGUCAUGGUCGAUAGUGACGCGCAAUGUCUUAACAACGCUGAUCAACGUAUCGAGAGGCUCACGGGUACAUCCGAUUCGGAAGAAGAGUUCCUUGAGGCUAUUAUAGCUGUCAACAGUUCUAAUUAG